UACAAUUUCAUUCAAUUUCCAUCAGAUGUUAAAUGUUUAUUUUCACAAUUAAAAACAAAUUCUAAUGGCUUUAGAGCUUUUCCGAAAGUAUCGGUUGUUAUAUCCCAUGAGCAAAUACCUCGCUAAGUAAUAAUGUCUGUAGAAAGUGAUCAAAACCUCAUCGAAAGUGUUGACGUUGCUGAGGUGAAAGAGAACGGGACAAAGUCGGAGAUAUGUUCCGAUUCUGGAGUUGAAACUCUCGAUUCCCAGUCCACUAACUACCAGUCCUCGUCCGAAUCGGAAAUAUCGCCAACUAAAAUUACGAAAAGUGCCAUAGAGCUCGAGGAUGAGUCAAACAGUAGUGCCCUACAUAUCCUCAACAAUACUGCUUUACCCGUCGAUACAAAGCUUAGUUCAUGCGAAAAUGAUAUUCAAAGCUUACAAGACGAUCCUAGCAGUUGUAGUGGUCAAAAGGAAUUAGCCAAUGAUAACAUAAACAUACUAAUAGAAACUGUGCCCACUGAUAGUGUUAUUGAUAGUCAAAAUGAAGAGAGUGAUAAAAGUGUACCAGACAAAAUACUAAUCGAAGAAGUUGAAUCAAAGCUUUUGUUAGAAACUAAUCUCACAGCGUCCACAACUAGCCUAAAUGACCAAGCUGAUAUUGAUAAUUUUAAUUAUAAAUUAAACAGUAGAAGUGCUGAAAAUAUAUCUAACAUAGAAAAUAAUUUAAGCAGCACCAGCUCCACUACAGAUCUAGAGAAAGACUACAUUCUAUCUCAAUUCACCCAGCAAAAAAUAAAAGCUAGUUCCACCCAAAAGAUUCCUGAACCUCAAGUAUAUGAUGCUCGAUAUAGUAGAAUACCAAAGGAGAUCCUAUCCCAGGAUUUGGGAAGUAUAGUCAAAAAUGUCCAUGGCAUUUUCUCCUCAGUUAGCGGCAGUCUGAAAAAUGCUUACACCAACAGCCAAAGAGUCCCUAAACCGGUCGUAAAAAACAUAAAAAUGCCCAAUGGCAAAGUUAUGAAUGACAUUUUUGAGGACACAGCCGAAAAGGAGAAAGAAUCUGUGGAACCUGUAAAUUUGACUUCGGAACAAGCUCCAAAUUUAAAUGAGGUUCCGCCAGAUACAGUUGAGAAUAAGAAUGACUUGUACAAACUGCAAAUUGAGUCCUUGGAAAAGGUUUUGUCGGAGCAAAGGAAAGAGAAUGCUUCGCUGAGGGAGAAGGUGAAACAGCAGGUGGAUGAGCUGCAAGCCAAGGACCAGAUGUUCAAGGAGCUGGAGGUGAAGGUGGACCUGAUGUGCAGAAAAGCUGAGCAAGCACAGAAAGAGAAGGAUGCGGCAGUGAUGAGAUACGCCAGUGUGGAGUGUCAAGCUAUUGAAGCUAAGAGGCAGGCAGAGGCUGCUACUAAGGCGGAGAAAGCAGCAUAUACUGAGCGAGACUUGAUGACCACAAAGCUGAAAACAGCGAGAGAGGAGAAGCAGCGCAUAUGUCAGCUUUACGACGAUAAGUGCCAUGAGUUACAAACCAGCGAGCGCGAGGUGGGCAAGGUGCGGGAGGAGGUCCGCGAGCUGGAGGGCCGGCUCAAGUGGACGCAGAGCAAGCUGCGCAUGGAGAUGGACGCUUUCAAGGAAUGUGCGGAGCGGGCGGAGAAGCUUUCACAGCAGGUGUCGGAGCUGGAGGCGGCAAGAGAGACGGCCGCCGUCAACGCCACAGACUCAUUACGUGCCAAACAGUUAGAGAGUGAUCUAAAGGAGAGCCAGGCAGCGCUGAUUCUGUGUCGGCACGAACGAGACGACCUCGAGAGGAGGCUGACGGCCGCGCUGCAGCAGCUCGACGCCUGCAAGAGAGAGAGGGACGAUGCUGUCCACUCACUCGCUCUAGCUAAUACAGAGGUGGAAAAGCUAAAAGAAAGUAAUCUGCGACUAGAGGAGGAGGCCGCAGAGCUAGCGGCGCUGCGGGCGCGCGCGGCGCUCGCCGACACGCUGUCUUCGCAACUAGACAGGGAGAGCGAACGCGCUGCGGCAGCGGAGGCGGCGGCCGCAGCCGCAAGCGCACGUGCGGAGACCUGUGCGCGGCGCGAGGCGGCAGCACUGGAGCACGCCGCGCAGCUCACCGCGCAGCACGUCGCCGCCGCCAACGCCGCGCGCGACUGCACACACACGGCGCAAGCGCUGACUGCAGACAACGCGUCGCUUCGUGAGAAGGUCACUUCACUGGAGGGCGAGGUGUCGCGGUUAAAGACGACCCUCGACCAGCACACGGAGAAACGGCAGCAGGAGAACCGAGUGCUCGCCAGAAAGGUGGCAGAACUGACGGAGGAACUUCAGGAGUCCAACAAGAAGCUGGAGUGGGAGCAGGGAGAGAACAACGUACUCAAGAAGAAACACGCCAGCGCCAUUAGGGAAAUGAACCGCGAGCUGCAGCGCGCCCUGAAGCGCGUCGAGCAGCUGGAGGCUAAGCUGCCGCCGACCGCCGACGCCGACUCCAACAGAACAGGUUCUGUAAGCUCUCUCAGUAGCGGCGAAGGUGCCUCCAACGGCGAGCGAACUUCCAGCGAUGUACCGCAAGUCGAGGCGGUGGCACCGGACCGUCAGGCGCUGAUCGAGCGCAUCGUGUCGCUGCAGCGCGCGGCGGCGCGGCGGGCGGAGCGCUGCGAGUUCCUGGAGGAGCACGCGCGCGCGCUCACCGCCGAGCUGCGCGGCAAGGCGCGCCUGCUGCGCCGCCUGCUGCCCGCGCUGCCGCCCGCCGCGCUCGCGCCUACUGACGCCGAUGCCGCCAAGCCACGACGGAGACUUACCAAGCAAGAGCUGGCGCGGUUGGGCGGCGGCGCGAUGGCGGCGGUGUGGGGCGGCGACCCGGCCGGCCUCACGCCGGAGCUGUCGCUCGAGAUGAACCGCCGACUGCAGGCGCUGCUCGAGGACACGCUGCUCAAGAACAUCACGCUCAAGGACAACAUAGACACGCUAGGCGAAGAGAUCGCGAGGUUAAAAGCGCAGAAGAACAUCACCGACAGCAAAUAGAAGUCAAUAUUUAGUCAUACACGGAAACUUAAAUAGUAAGUCAGUCAUUGUAUAAAUAUAAUUUGAAAUUAGUUUUCAUUGCUCGACUGCGAAGAGUAACAUAAUGCUAAUUAAAUUGUUUAUUUUAAACAUUUUAAACAUUUAAAUCGUAAAAAAUGUAAAAGCCAAAAGGGUAUGUUCAGUAUUAAAUACUUGCUUUACAAAGAUGGACCAAGUAUUGGUGAGCUAAAGCCCGAUUUCACCAAUUGUUUACAAAAACAUGCUGUCUUUUUUAUUAUUACGAAAAACGAGAGAGGUAGCAUGAUAUAAAAUUGAAUUUAGCCUACAUUGGUGAAAUGGGCACUAGCCAAAUGGAAAAUUGCGCGUUAAACGUACGUACUUUAAAAAGUAUAAUAACGUUAAUAGUCAUCGAUUUCAUCGAACGUCAGUAUCGAAUACAGUUAAACUAACUUAAAAUAACUACCCGAUAAACACGAGUCACCAAACACAUAGAAACUGCCUCAACUCUUUUACUCGCACGAAUAAAGUGGUAUCUCGUUUCCACAAGUCCGCGUAAAGAGCGAGAUAUAAUAUGCGAGAACGAAAGAGACAAGUAGCGUUAGGCCAUUUUCUUUUCUACGCGACCCGUUCAUAGGUCAUAGGAAGUAAAAAAAAUUGACUUUUGUUUUUAGACUGAGACAUAAUUUUUUAGUUCAUUCCUAAACAAUUUAUCAGACAUUGAUAGUUUUUGACUGAUUAGAACAAAUUUUAUUGUAAAAAAUAAAUUUACUUAGAUAAAACAGCAUUCCAAAUUUUAUAUUUGAAAGUAAAUAUUAUCUAAAUUAAUAUAUAACGUAUUUACAAAAUACGCAUAUCCAAUGUAUUUAGCUCUCUAAUUAAUUAAAAUACCUUUCGUUGAAUAACUAAAAUAUUGCUGGCUUUACAGUCUAGUGGUUUAGAGCUUGGCUCUUUGUGAGUCGUGGGUUCAUUUCCAGUGUUGGAACAACAAAAAUAUUUAAGUCGGGUUAGAACUGUGCGAUAUAUUAGUUAUUUAAUGUUAAAAUUAUAUCGUCUAUGAGAAGUAUGUAUGAAAACUUAAAGGAAUGUUUGUUAAUUUUAGUUUUUUUAGCUGCGAUAUGUUGCGAUGAUGUAAAAUUAUUGAG